UAACGGGAAGAAGCUGUAAUAAGAGAAAAUCCACAACAAGCAAGCGAAGGUUUACACUUUCUUUCUUCUUCUGAUUGAGAGACACCGAGAGAUUCGUCUAGCCUCGUAGUAAUGGCGGGAAUAGCUAUAGUCUUAGAUCUACUCAAGAAAUCUCAUAACACGCACCGUAUCCACUCAUCGUCGUCUCUGUCUCCCGCCUCCGUCGUCGCUUCUGCCGCCGCCGUUUCCGCUGCCGCCAGUGCUCCCUUCGCGUCUAGGUUUCUCUUCGGUUCCUUUGAGCCUCGAGUUGCGUACUGUGAUGCUGCAGCAGCUGGGAUUGAUGAUGCUUACCUUGCCGCUAUACGAAAAGUGUCUGCUGAUGCUUUGCAGCUUCAACCGCCAACAUACAUUCCUAGCUCUAAGGUUUACAGUAUCCAGCCAAAGCCGCUUUUCUCGGCCUUUGAGUUCAGGGCGCUUGCGAUGACCACGGUGAGAUCCCUCCUCAUGUUCUAUCUUCCUCUUUUGGAGGCUAACCCUGCUUCAGAGGACGAUGAUGAUGAUUUCCUAAACAAUGGUCCCGAAGAACAACGCCGUGUAGACUUGAUUGUUCCUCUUAAAAAAUCUGCCAAGCAGAUUGCACGUGAGACCACAGUUGUGACUACUAGGAGAGUUCUUGAAAGGGUGGCUGUUAGUUAUGUCUCGCAGCGUAUGGCAUGGAAAAUUCUAAAGGAUGUGCCUCAGUCAACUUUACGCAAAGCUGGUAGAGGCUGGCCCACACAUGUAUACAUCUAUAAAGUCAGCCAGACAACUCUUAGAGGUUUGAUCAUCAAAAGCUCGUUCUCUCUAUCUUACAUGAGCAAUCUCCUUAAGCUUACAUAUAUAUGUUGUGUCAUUGGUGGGGUUUACGCAGGACACUUUCUUGGGAUUGCAGCAUCAUGGACAGUCCAAGUAGGCAUAGAGAUCUACAGAUGUGUGUCACGGUAUGUUAAACCCGUGGAUGUGGAAGAAGAAGGGGAGCAAGUCGUGAUAUCAGAGCAAGCAAAGGAUCUUGGAAACAAAGUUGUGGGAAUCACAGUAAGAUGUGGUGCUUCCUUAGUUUUUGCUGCCAUUGGAGCUGGCAUCUGCUCUUGUCUCAUCCGUCCCUCCAUGGGCCAAUGGAUCGGGUGCGCGCUGGGGGACUUGGCUGGUCCGAUGGUUGUUUCGAUUUGCUUGCAGAAGACUCUUCAAGCUGAUAGUUAACUUCUUUUGUGGAAUUUGAAUUCUUUCUACUCUGUGAUCCAAUUUAGUUCAGAGAGUUCUGUUUUUGGUUUUCCGAAAUUUUCUUAUAGCUUUAACUGAAAUCUCGGAACAUUUUGAUUGAUGGACUCAAGAUGUACAAUAGUACAAUAAGUCAGGUGAUUAUUUCCUGAAUGAUUUAAUGUUAGAUUCUGAAAGUUUCUUCUUGU